AUGAAGCAUCGGCAGCCAAACUGCGCCGAUUUCGUUGGAGAUCGAGAAAACGAGGUGCAGAUAAUAGGAAUAAAGAGUCGAAACAACGGGUGCGACGAGGUGAAGAUCAAGACGGAGGUUCUCGACGAGAUCGAGAAUUUCUCAGCGGACGAUGAACUACACGUCGAGAUCGAUGGAAACAGGAAGCAGAGGUUCGAAGGGAGGAAAAUUGGGAGCAGAACAGGGAGCGCGCAGACGAAACCGGAAGCAGCCAUGCCGGAUGAAUACGUCGACUUUGAGGAGUACAUCGCGGCCUUGACGAGCGGGAAACGGCUGCUCUGCAGUGUCUGUAGAAUUGACUUUCCGGACGAGGCGGACUUCAAGACACACAUGGUCGGCCAUAGCCGGGGGAAGCUGUUCCAGUGUGGCUACUGUCGGAAACAGUUUUCACGGUUGACAACCUUGAAGGAUCAUAUGCAGUUGCAUGAUGAGUUCAAGACGUUUCCUUGCAGUCAGUGCAAUUUUCGAUUUCAGAACAAAAACGACUUGAAGAUCCACAAAUCGGAAUUGCACUCCGAGCGCAGACCGUUCGAAUGCACCGUCUGCAAGAAGAAGCUGUUGCACCGGCAAUCUCUUCGCGAUCACAAGCUGAUGCACACGAACGUGAAACCGUACGAGUGCUCAAUCUGCAAGAAAAGCUUCCUACGUCUCAGCAGCCUAAGGGCUCACAAGAUCGUUCACACCGCUGAUCUGCCCUUCAAGUGCGACCUAUGCUCCGCGAAGUUCAAACGUUCUUCGGUCCUGAAAACUCACAAACUGACGCACACAGGCGAGAGAAGGUUCGAGUGCGACAUCUGCAAGCGUCGUUUCCACCUGAAAGGUGCUCUUAAGCAUCAUAUCCUCUCCCAUUACGGUGUGAGACCGUACAAGUGCGAGGACUGCGGCAAGUGUUACAGGAGAUCAUGGGGCCUGAAGUUGCACAUGUACCGGCACACAGGUGUGAAACGGUUCGAGUGCGACCUCUGCAAAUCGCGAUUCAGCGUGAAAACGAAACUGGCGAAGCACAUAUACGGUCACAUCGGCGAGAAACCGUACAAAUGCGGCUGCUGUGGUCGUCAAUACGGCGAACGGUACCAGCUCAAAGCGCAUAAAUGCGUCGCUGCCGUUCAGAACUCGUCGAAAAUGAGGAUCGAGCAGCGGCUGAUUGACUUGCCUCCGCAGAUCGUAUUCUUCCGACCGAAAUCAACGAUCGUCCCGAAAGUUAUCAAUCCUGUCGUUGGUACCUGAAUCAUGCGCUUUUGAAGAGCAAACAUAAUGAACGUAGAAAGAAACUAUUCAAAGUGCGGUUUAACUAUUGGUUCAAAUACGAAAAAUAUUAUUAUUUUUAUUUCAAUUGGGCGCAACUGAUUAAUGAUGCUGUGAACGAUCUUGUACACUUACAGUUAAUAAGUAGAAUUAAUAACCCUAAAUUUUUUAGACUGUGGCACAUUGUUUGCAAGCCGUUACAUGCAAAUACAGAAACAUUUAACGAACUUGAAAAUAUUGUUACAUUGUUUGCAGCUCAUUGUAAUUGAUAAGGAAAAUCUAACAAAUAUGGACAUGUAAAUAGAGGAACAUUUAAAGAA